UAGCCCCGCCCACAUGUCAUGUGAUGUACAGAACAUGGCGGCCAUGUGUACUCGCCUGGCGCUGUUGCUAGCGUGUGUUGUGGGCUACACAGCGGCUCUGCCGUGGUUUCUACACGGCAGACCGCGCGGGGGGAUGCUGGGCAGUCCCGGGCGGGCGGGGGAAGGUCCGCUACCGCCAGACCAAUGGGUAACACAGCGGCUGGACCAUUAUAACGACGCGGAUCUCAGGACUUGGCAACAGAGGUACUUUGUGAAUGACACAUUCUACAAGCCAGGAGGACCUGUGUUCCUGAUGAUAGGAGGGGAGGGCACAGCUGACCCUAUCUGGAUGGUCACUGGUUCUUGGAUUGAAUAUGCAAAAGAGUUCCAUGCUCUAUGUCUCAUGCUGGAGCAUAGGUACUAUGGCAAGAGCCACCCGACAGAAGACACAAGUGUAGAAAAUCUCCAGUACCUCAGCAGUGAUCAGGCCCUGGCUGACCUGGCAUACUUCCGCAACUACAUGGCAGAGAAGAUGAGCUUAACUGAUAACAAGUGGAUCACAUUUGGCGGCUCCUACCCAGGUUCCCUGUCUGCCUGGUUCCGUCUGAAGUACCCUCACCUGGUGGCAGGAGCAGUGGCCACUAGUGGGCCUUUACUGGCUGAGCUGGACUUUGUGGAGUACGUAGAGGUGGUUCGGGACUCCCUGGCUACCACUGGCCCCGAGUGUAACAAGAACAUCCAAGAAGCCACUGAUGCCGUAAAACAGAUGCUGGAAACACAGGAGGGAGUCGAGAAACUCAACAAGCUCUUUAACCUCUGCUCUCCCCUGGACGUGAAUGUUGCGAAUGACGUGGCAAACUUCUGGAGUACAAUAUCUGGUAACUUCAUGGGCGUGGUACAGUACAACAAGGACAACAGGGAGUUUGAGGGUGCAGUGGGCACAAACAUCACCCUGGAUGUCCUGUGUAACAUCAUGAAUGACAACUCCAAGCACAUGCCAGUUGAGGAAAGGUAUGCAGCUGUCAACUACCUGAUGAUGGAAACUUACAAACAGAAAUGUCUGGAUGUCUCCUAUUCAGCCAUGAUUAAGGAGCUCCGCGAGACGUCUUGGGAGAGUGCAGCUUCAGAAGGAGGUCGCCAGUGGAUCUAUCAGACCUGUACAGAGUUUGGUUUUUACCAGACUUCAGACUCACCAAACCAGCCUUUUGGGGAUGGAUUUCCCCUCAGUUUUUCAUUACAGCAAUGUUCGGAUAUCUAUGGACCUCAGUUCAACCAGUCUACACUCAUGGAAGGCAUACGGAGAACAAACACCAACUAUGGUGCUCUGAAGAUCGCAGGAACAAAGAUCGUCUUCCCAAAUGGGUCGAUUGAUCCGUGGCAUGCUCUGGGAAUAACUGAGGAUCCCAAAGGCACAGACCUACAUGCUGUCUACAUAAAAGGAACUGCACACUGUGCCAACAUGUACCCAGCCAGGUUUGGGGACCCUCCUGAGCUGACACAAGCAAGGGAAACCAUAAAGGUUCACAUCCAAGACUGGCUCAGUCAGUAAAGGCAGAAAAGAUGAGGACACAUUUAGGACCUUUCCCCAUCCUGGCCUCUCUGACCACUGCCCAACUGGAAGUUAGUCGGGAGUAGUGUGACCAAUUUUACCCCAACAUGGACUGCAGAAGGUUGGGAUUGGUUAGGAGGCGAUGGUUGGGUAAUGUAGAUUCUGCACAAGCUGGCUGUGCUUACAUGUACAUUUCUGAUAUUAGAUAUAAGGCUUUUAAACAGCUUGAUAGAAAAAAUACAUAUUAAAGAUGAGGCAGAUAAGCAUCAAUGGCAAAAAAAGAAAUGCAUCGUGUAACUUAUAACAUUAAAGAUGUUUAGAAGAAUGAAAUGAAUUUGAUAAAGGAGACUGAUACAUACUCUUCAUGUUCUUCCUGAAUUCUUACAAAUUAUGCUGUUAUUGGAUACAUGAUGUAACUCUUCUAUGUAAAAGGUUACGUUUUGGAAUAUAGAUCUGCAUUCAGAUAUGACUUUUUUUUCAAUUGAUGAUGUAACUUCAGGGUUGCCUCUUAUGUGAUUCUCAUGAACUGGCAAAACCAGCCAACCACCAUCAGCCCUGGUUCUGUCACUUCUAUCCAUAAAAUGUUGACUUUGUUGGUACAAAGCUCACAUUUUUGUAUUUAUGUAUUGUAUGGGAUUGGUAUAACCUUGUUCAAUGGUCUAAAAUCAAAAUAUCAUAGACAGAAACAUGAAGAAAACCUGUAGACUCCCUGCCUAAAUGAUACAAUGUCAUAUGACCCUGUGGUGUUUGCCCUGUUUUGCAUAAGGUUUGUACGUAUCACAUAAGAUUGAUGCAUUUCAUAAAGUGAUUCAUGCAUAUCCUAUAAUGUCCAUUUUCGAAUAGUGACGUGUGUAUAAAAUGCGUACGUUUUCACAUAGUGAUUCGUCUGUAUUCCAGUACAUCAUAUUGGUACGCAUUUAAUGUUUGUGAAAAUGCUAUGGCAAACCUGGUAACAGCAAGCCCCAGACAUUGAUUUCCAACAGCUUAUGUAGACUGUCAUGGUUUGGUUGUGAAUAUCUUCCAGAAAUAUGAAUACAAAUACAGAUGUAUAUUCUA